UUUUUUGAUUCGUAAAGUGCUAUCUAUCCCUGCUCGUGGUUUGGUGGGAGAAACAUCAGUACCUUAUAUAGUUAUAAUGCAGUAUGAUGAGAAUCUAAGUCCUCUGAGUGCAGGGAGGAGGAAGCUGUUCCGACUUGGUUGAGCUAAGAAAGGUUCUCAAGAAGAGAGGACACCUGAGAAGGGGAGGAUUACUUUAGUUUGCAGAGUCUCUUAUGUUUUCAACAAUUUUUGGUUAUGUAUCCAUUACGAUUACUCUGCACUGAGAGGAGAAGUCAUGCAUUCCCUGGAAGACCCUGAGCCAGAGAAGAAUUAAUGACAUCGAAUGAGUCAAUCACAGUGGAAAAACAAGCAAAGUACUACAAACUUCAACUCAGCUCUGAAACAUUCCAGUGUACCAGUAGAAAAAAAUAUCACUUUAGAAAGGUCUUCUAAUGUAGAACUCACAUGCCAGUUCACAACAUCUGGGAAUCUGAAUGCAGUAAAUGUGACUUGGAAAAAGAAUGAUGAAGUACUUCAGAAUAAUUCCCUCAUCAACACAACGGGAAAUAUCCUGUAUACCCAAUACAAGUUCACAGUCAUUAGUAACAACCAAAUGGGAAGUUAUUCUUGUUUCUUUGGAGAGAAAAAGGAACACAGGGGCACAUUUCAUUUCAAAGUCCCUGAAAUUCAUGGAAAAACCAAGCCAAUGAUCACUUAUGUAGGGGAUUCUACUGUCUUGGCAUGUAAAUGUCAAGAUUGUUUUCCUUUAAAUUGGAGCUGGUACAGUAGUAAUGGGAGUGUACAGGUCCCUGUCAACAUUCAAAUGAGUAAUAAGUUCUACGUGAUCAAUGGAACAUACAGUAAUGAAACAAAGCUCAAGAUAAUGCAACUUUCAGAGGAAGAUCGGGGACCUUACUGGUGCCAUGCAGUUUUCCAAUUAGGCGAGAGUGAAAUUCUCAUUGAACUUGUCGUGCUGAGCUAUUUGGUGCCCCUUAAACCAUUCCUUGCAAUAGUUGCUGAGGUUAUUCUUUUAGUGGCUGUUAUUCUCCUCUGUGAAAUGUAUACCCAAAAGAAAAAGAAUGAACCAGAUGAUGGGAAAGAAUUUGAACAAAUUGAACAGCUGAAAUCGGACGAUAGCAGUAAUGGUAUAGAAAAUAAUGCCCCCAGGCACAGAAAAAAUUCAGUUACUUCUAAAUGAUACUGCAAAUAAAAGGAAUCUGUGAGCCAAUGAAUGAGAGACGUCAUGUCAAGAGUCAUGGGAAGACUCUUCAAGAGUUUAUAUUUCAGCUUUGUGUAUGCUUCCUCUUAGGACCAUCCGAGCUUUAAUUUCAAAAGGAUAAAAAAAGCUCAACAUGCUCAGCAGUAGUUCUGUGAAUAAUAUAUGCUAUCUCAGAACUAAAGAUCUAUUUUCAUUCUGUAAUUAUUUUACAUUAAUGCAAGGUAAAUUGUAUUACAUACGCUUUAUGAAAUAUAACAGAGGACAAGUAAUUUAAUGCUGGUCUUCAAGGGACACACGGAACAGACACCAGCGAAACCAGUUAAUAGUUCAUACAGCAAAUGUCACUCAAGGCCGAGUUAUAACCAAAGACAUCAUUCAAGAAAAAGCCUUUACCGUUUGUCUUAAAAAAAAAUUUCCCCCAAAUUUAUGCCUACUACAUAUCAAACUAUUUGUAACAAUUUCUAUGUAAAGCUUACCAUUCUGUAAUACUGAAAAAUAGUAUCUUAACUAGGAAAUGAAUACUUUCUGCAUUUGCUAAUGAUGGUUACUUUAUAACCUCCACAAGAAAACCAUGUUCUUCAUCCAUAAAAAUUGGUUUAAGGCAAGUAAAUAAAACACUUGCCCCAAAUCUCCAUUACCACCAAAGCAAAUUUUCCAGUAUUUAUUCCAUUCAUCUCUACUUCUCUGCUGCUUCCCCACUCCAGGCAAAAGUGCUACUUAGUUUUUUACAGUGUAGAGCUUUUGUUCUUUUUUAAAGCUUUGUGUUUUAGACUUCUUAGGGUAUACCUGGUGUUAAUGUCUUAGGGUGCAGAUCCAUAUAAUCAUAAUGCAAUACUGCCACAGAGAUGCUUCUGUGGUUCCUGUUGGCUUGUAUCUUUAAUUCACUGUUCUGGUCAGGUUUUUCCACGCUGCCUUCACUUAAUCCACAUAUUUUCAGGCUCAGUGGUGGUCAGUUUGUGGAAACUAAUUCCAUGGCUAAAUAAAUAUCUAAAAAUGCCUUAUUAAUGCUUUUAAAUACUAAUCCUUUUGACUGAAAUCCAGCAGUACUAAAGCACUGCUUAAAUCUUUUUGUGAAUGCUUAAGACUUAAUCUUAAAAAUAAGAUACUUAAUAUCUAUUGCAUAUGUAACUGAAAUAUUUUAUGACUUAAAUGAAAUCUGAAUAGGCACAAGAGUUGUCAGUGGCUUGGAAGGAAAUAUUAAAGUCACAUACAGGAUACUAGUUUACAUGGAAGACGAUGUGAAACCUUGAUGCUGGUGGGACCAGUGUCCCACUGCUCACAGUGCCACAGGGUUCAGAGCAAGGUCAGAAGCCCAAGGGAGAGCAUGGGAUGGUGGAGAGGAACCCAUGGUUCUUGGUGGCUAGGGGAUUAAAGAUUGGGAAAGAGGAGCUCAAUGAUUUGAAAAAAAAAUGAUAGAAAUUUACAUGAUGUAUGGACUGUGAAAACUAUAAUAAAAUUCUUAUUGUGAAAAUUAUAUGACAUCUUAACCAAUGUUUAAAAAUCUUACAAGUAUGAAUAAUCAAGCCGCAACACACAUAAUGUAGUAACUUGCAAGCUGCUCAUUAUUUUAUUUCGGCAAUAUUUUGUUGUAAAGAAUGUUACCUGCACAUACAUGUUUUGUAGAACACAUACUGUUUCAUUGAAUACAUCCCUUAAGUAAUAGCAGACUCCAUUUUAUUCUUAGCCUCAGAGCCAUAAGCCAUGCACUUCUUUUGGUUUAAUUCAUUAUCAUUAUUAAUUUGUUAAAAAUUGUCAUGGGUGAUACCUAUAUGAUGGCAGAAAGUAAUCAGUUAGCUUAAUUUUACUCUAAACAGUUUCAUGCAGUGAAAAAUUAGUGAAAUCUGCUAUUUGAUGAAGUUCAUUUCAAAAGGGUAUGUUUGUUUGUGUGUACAAAACCAAAAACAAUUUGUGCGCAUUUGAAGUAUGCAUCCUUCUGUUUUGCCACCAUUCAAUUGUUGGCUAAAAUAGUUUUCAAGAGAAAAAAACAAAUGCUGCUCCAAGGUAAAGUAACUUGAAAUAUUUAUAUAGUAAGUUGAAUUUUUAAAUGGUAAUGCUUACUAUUUAUUUUUUCCAGCAAAGACAAGUUACUUCAGUAAGUUUAAGCAGAAAACAUGUCCAGAAAAUUAAAGCUGAAUUUUGGCUUUUCAGAAUCUCUGGGGGACUUCUGGAAAAUUACUUCACUGCUGUUAAUGUAAAAAUGGAAUGUUUCCCUUAGUUAUCCUCAUGGAGAUGAUAAAUGGAUUAACUAGUAACGAUGACCAAUUGUAAAUUGACUGCAAACACUAAGCAAGCAGAAAAGCUGAAGUGGGAAAGUGACUCCAAGUUUACAUAUUAGAUCCCUCAGGAAACUCGAUUAAUCUUUACAGCGAACAGGGUUGUUCACUGUAAUAAGUAGAUUUAAUGAUGACAUAAAAUUUCCAGAUACUUUUAUAUUCAGAUAAUACUCAAAUAUAAAUUUUCUUCCUUUGCAAUUUUUCUUUUUUUUUUCUCCAGCAUCUAGUUACUCAGGCCAAAACCUAGAACUCAUUGUAAUUUUUCUUCUCCUUUAUUAACCAGUAAUGGUCAUGAAUGCCUGUUCUUCUGCCCUUCUCAGUAGCUCAUUAAUCCACCCCAUUGCUUCCCCCACCCAACCCUUGACAGCUGCAGCAACUAAGGUCUUGAUUUUCUGGCCUCAUUCUCAUCUUCUAUCAACCCAUUCUUCACACUGCUCUCCGAGUCAUCUAGCUGAAACACAAAUCUCACUAUAUAACUUACUCUGGCAGGUUCCAUGCCAAACCUUUUCAGGCUCACUUUUGCCAUUUCUUAUUAUUGCAUUUCUCCCAAUUGCUAAUCUCUCUCCAGUGUCUCCAGCCUAGAUUUAUACAUUCUUCCCAGAAUCCUUUUCUCCUAUGCACCCGCUGCCCGACUUGACUAACUCAAGUUUAGCCUUUAUGACUUUACUCAAAUGUGAUUUUCUGGAGGAUCCCUCACGUACAGUGGGGUGUAUAUCCUCCUGGUUGCUCCGAUCAAACCAUAUUUUUUUGUGUGUAUUACCCUCUAUUAUAAAUAUACAUUUAUUUGUGUUUUCCCGGAUUCUGCUUUUAUUUCUGUGCUCUGUACCUACCAUGGAGCCCUGGUCGCACAGUGGUUAAGAGCUACAACUGCUAACCAAAAGGUCAGCAAGUUUAAAUCCACCAGCCACUCAUUGGAAACCCUAUGGGACAGUUCUGCUCUGUCCUACAGGGUCGUUGAGUUGAAAUCCACUAGACAGCAACGGGUGUGUGUGUGUGUGUGUGUACCUACCACAGUGAGUGGUGCAUUAGAGACAUCGAGAAAUGUGUGUUGAAUGAAUGAAUGUAUAAAUAAAAACUAGCAAAUUUCAUACAUUUGUACUUAUUUUUAGAAGAACCAUCUAAAUUAUGACAAAUCAGAAUUGAAAAAAUUAACAUGGAAAAGCAAGUUUUGUAACUGCAACAUUUGUUUCUAUUAUUAUUAUUUUAAAAAAAUAAUAAUAGAAUAAGAGGUCCUGUCAGAUUUUUUUUAAUAAUGUAUUAAUGUCUAGUGAGCAAAGGGAGUCCAAAUUACCUCAACUAUUGUAUAGAUUAUUUCCCUUUCAACUUAACCUAAAUUCCUAAUUGUCUUCUAAUUUUUAUGGACAGUAAAAAUGUAAACCUUAUUUUUAUCCUUUGUUUUAAGUAAGAGAACAUAUUGGCUUUAAAGAAUUUUAAAAGUUGUAUUCCUUGAAGGGUAGAGAGUUUUGAUAUUUGUGCCUGCUCUAAUAACCACCUCAUUCCUUCCUCACUGUGUGACCUUAACAGUACCUUAGAAUAUAUUAGAAUCCAGUUCAAAAUUUUAUUUUAAAGAAACAAAUAUUUUUAAAAAUCUUUCAUUGUUUAGUUUUGAUCACCAAAAUCUUGUCUUUUCUCAAAUUCAUCACACACAAAAAAAAUCCAUUCCACUUGCUUGGUCGCUGGUCUUCAUCUUUCUGGCACUUAAAUACAUUUACACAUAAUGAUUUACUGAAUGAAGAUUUACUGUAUUUCCUUAUCAGAAAAUGAAUCUUCUCUAGUUGAACAAAUCUUUACAGAAAAUCAGAAUCUUCUCCCCAUUAGUGUUGUUCAUUUUUCAGUGAGAAUAAGUUAAAGAGUAUGUGCCAGUAUUACUUGAAAGGCACAGUGACAUCUUUGUAGCAUGCUGAAUAAAUAUUUAUUGAAUGAAUAGAGAAUUGUUUGGGAAUCUGAAAUUAUAUAUAACUUAUAUAAUGUCCGCUUUGAUUUUGAUUAGUUAGCUGUGAAUUUAUCCAGUCGUGGGAACAGACUGCCUAUGUGCACUUCCUUCAUAUGAUACUGAGGAAUGUAUUUGCACUGUGUCUAGAAGGUUAGUUGCAUGCUUUGAUAAUUGAGUUUUUUAUUGAAUGCUUAGCAUGUGGCAGGUACUGUGUUAAAUGCUUUGACAUUAAUUAUCUCAUUUAAUCCCAACAUCAUCCUAUGCUUUAGAAAACUAUUACUAUCUGCCUUUUACAUGUGAGGAAAGUGAAGUUUAGAGAGAUUAAAUAAUCUGCCUAAACUCACCCAGUCUAUAAGUGUUUGGAAUUUUGAUUGAAAUCCAAGAAGCCAGCAUCAAUAGCCUAGACUUAACAUUGAACAGCUUUGACUUCUUGCUAGUUACAUGCUUCUUAGAAAAUGAGGCUAUUAUCUAUUUAUCAUCUUUUUUUUAUUUCAGUCUUUGAUGCUGAGUUAAAUCCUAAAUUCCAUGAUCACAGUAUUAAAGCUUACAGGACCCAGGCUUUGGCAAACUUGCGUCCCUGCAGUGAUGCUGAGGAAUCAGCACACUGUUUGUUGUGGGAGUGUUUCAUUUUUUCCCUAAUUUACUUAUCAAUAGCAGGGUGAGCAUAUAAUUUAUCAUCCAAACACUGAGAAUGAAAGAAGGUGCCAUUACCAUUUUCAGAAGGACCACAGGUAGAAAAUGGACCCUAUGGUCACUCUUACAGUCUUCAGGGAGGAACUAAGGGACUUACGGGUGUUCCUUCCUGGGCAUAGCAGUAACAUCUGCAAGUAAGUUUGUAUGAGAAACAGAAAUUAACUUUCAGGGAAAUAGCUAUGUUUAGUAUAUACCAGCUGAGGCUUACAAUUGAGAGGUAGACAAUUUGGUGAGCUUAAAAAUUUAUUACUUUACCAAAGCAUCUACUAUGAUUAAGAUUUAUUAGUAUUCAAAAGUAUAAUGCCCAAGAUGUAAGAGAAACUGAGAAUGUCAUGUUUUUGAUGGCCUGUGAAAUGAACUGGACAAUUCUUUGGAUUUGCUUAUCUUUUGAUUAAUGUGUCAUAAUGAUAAUAUCUGUGUUAUUCUCAAUAAAUCAGGAAGCGUACUGUUUACUUAAAACCUUACAAUAAAAUUUGCUUAUGAAAUCAGUGAAGACUACUCAUGACCACUUUUGACAUUGUCAAAAUUACUUUUAAUCACACAAUUAACCUGUGAUACCUGUAUUUUAAAUUCUUUAAUUCCCAAAUGGGAAAAUGCUAGGGAAAACUGCUUGGGUUAGUGGUUAAAAUCUACAUAUUAUUUUAGUGUGUUAUCUAUUAAUAACUUUUAUUCAUAGAAAGUUGAUUUUGCUACUUACAAUUUAAAAAAUUAGCACAAAAGUUUAUUCAAUAGAUUAAAAUAUUAGAUUUUUGCAUAUAUAAUUAACUACAAUGCUAUUUAAUGCCACCAAAUGAAUAUUUUAAAAUGAUUAACUGCUUGUGUACAUCUAUCAAGAUAGAAAUUUGACCAUCAAUUUUACUUUUUAAAAAAUUUAGAUCCAUAGAUUCAUUGUGACAUGCUUACUAAUAAUUGUAACAUUUUCUUUUUUAACAUAUGUGUCUAAAUUCUCAUUAGUGCCUUUCUGUAUUUUGUAAAUAGCAUAGAAGAUGUUUGUAUCAAAAUAUUUUUUUAAUUUUUUUCUGUUGCAUAAAAUACAAAGAUAUAUCUGCUAUGCAAUUAAACUCAAUAAAAUUUAUUCUGUGAUUUAAAAAUUUGUGGGUAUUGGACAAAAUAUUCUGAAAUUUGUAAUUAUUAGUAAUGGUUUAAAAGUGAAUUUAUAAAAGCAGCAGAUAAUAGAAAACAUUGAUAUUUUUUCUUUGUAUACAUUCAUAAGACAUUCAAGUU